AUGUCCAAGAACAUCAAAACUAUCCCUACUGCCGAGUACGACGCCGUCGUCGACGUCGUUCAGCAAUACUACUGCGAAGGCUGCCACAAGGGCGAUACGUCGCUCCUCAAGAAAGCAUUUCACCAAGAUGCCACUAUGUACGGCUUCACCAUGACAGGCCAGUUGCUUGGCGGCCCUGUCAGCAACCUAUACGACUUCAUCAACGAGCAUGGAGAUGCACCCAACAUCAAGACCCGCAUUGACGUUAUCGGCAUUACCCCGACCACCGCUGUCGUCAAGGUCGAUAUGGAGCGUGAUGCCGCUGAGCAGAACUACACUGAUUUUCACACCAUGAUGAAGUUUGACGGAGAGUGGAAGAUUAUUGCCAAGGUAUUCCAUACCUAUGAGUCCUAG